AUCUUUUCUCUUCGGGAGAGGUAUUUAAGUGAGCAUCGACAGCUGCGAGCUCAGCACCCUGCUUUGCCGACAUCGUCGGACCGCUUCUCUGUCCAACUUUCCUUCUCUCGCCAGUCUCGCGCAUCUUUUCCUCGACCAAUCACGACCUACCGAUGUCCCCACCCCCACCCUCGUAUGUCGAUGUGCUCGUCAUCGGCGCCGGUCCCGCAGGCGUCAUGAUGGGCACGGCACUUUCCCACGCGGGGAUCAACGUGCGUGUCGUCGAUAAACGGCCUGCGAAGGUCAUGGCCGGGCAGGCGGACGGCAUCCAGCCGCGGACGAUCGAAGUGUUCCAGAGCUAUGGGUUAGCUCAGAGACUGCUCGAACGGGGGAAUCAGAUGCACUCUCUGGCAUUCUACAAUCCUCGCCGGGACGGGAAGGGCGUCGAACGCACUAGUCGCGUACCCGAUGUGACUGCCCCGACGGCGAGGUAUAGGUUCGAGGUGACCCUGCAUCAGGGAGAGAUCGAGGCUAUAUUUCUAGACUCGAUGCGAGCGCAUGGGCUUGAGGUGGAACGCCCGUGCGUCCCGGAGAGCAUCGAGAUUUCGGGGGAUGAGAAGGAGCUGCAGAGCAGGGAAAGCUAUCCGGUCAAGGUGGUGCUCAGGCAUCUAGUGGAUGCAACGCUCGACGCUGCCCCGAACGGGAUGCACACAAACGCCAUCGAUCCAUCUGUAGAAUCAUCCGGUAGCACGCUCGAGACAGUCUAUGCCAAAUACGUCCUAGGGGCCGACGGUGCUCACAGCUGGGUCCGCAACGCCCUUGGUAUCUCGCUUGACGGGGAACAGACGGAUCAUGUGUGGGGAGUGGUGGACUCCGUGCCGGUCACAGAUUUCCCAGACAUCAGGAACCGGACGGCGAUCCACUCGGACAACGGAAGCUGCAUGAUCAUCCCAAGAGAGGGGGAUAAGGUCCGGCUAUACGUGCAGAUUACCGACGGUCUGCAGGCGGAUGAUCACGGGAGGAUUGACAGGAGUGCGGUCACGCCUGAGAGGGUGAUGGAGAUUGCGAAGCGCUCAAUGCGCCCUUACAAGCUCGAGUUUCCUGACCCGCCAGAAUGGUGGACAUGCUACGUCAUUGGACAGCGGGUAGCAAAGAACUUUUCCGUCAAGGACCGCGCCUUCAUUGCGGGAGAUGCCUGCCAUACCCACUCUCCUAAAGCCGGGCAAGGGAUGAACGCAUCAAUGAAUGAUUCGCACAAUCUGGCUUGGAAGCUUGCACACGUCUUAAGGGGAUGGGCGUCCCCAGACUUGCUCAAGACUUACGAGCUAGAGCGCCGAAAGUAUGCGCGUGACCUGAUCAAUUUCGAUAAGAAGCUCGCAGAUCUGUUCUCGGGCAAGGCAGUCUCCCCCGGGAAUGCGGAGGGAGUGACGCACCAGGAGUUCCAGGGGCUGCUUCAGUCCAUGGGUGGAUUCACAAGCGGUAUCGGCAUCCAGUACAUUCCAUCUCUCAUCACCGAUGCCACUUCACAAUCUCUAGCUGAAGGUCUUGUAAUCGGCCAGCGGUUCGUACCGCAAGAGAUCAUCCGGAUUGCCGAUUCCCGACCGUUUGAAAUCCAGGACUUGCUCGUGAGUGAUACCAAGUGGAAGGUCGUUUUCUUUGUAGGCGAUCCGAAGGAGGUGAGGGAGUAUGCGGUCGUUACUGCCGUAGGAGAGUACUUGCAGGAGGAAAAAUCGUUUUUGAGGCGGUUUACGCCCAAAGGGGCGGCGAAAGAUGCGGUGUUCACCAUUCUUACUGUGUCAAGUACCGCGAAGGACGAUGCGGACUACACGGAUAUUCACCCUGGACUACGAACCCAUUGGUCUAGAGCCUUCACAGAUGACAUUGCCAUCGACGAGAAGGCAGGCGGCACUGCUUAUAGAGUGUAUGGAAUAGAUCCAGCCUCCGGUGCCGUCGUAGUCUGUCGUCCAGACGGUUACGUAUCGUUCGUAUGUGCUCUCGAGGACGUGACGAAGGGAAGGUUGGAGGAAUAUUUUGGGAAAUUUAUGAUUGCGACGAAGGUGUGAUGUAGUGGUGGGAAUCUAAGCAAAAGAAGAAAUGUAUGAAGUAUCUCAAUGACA